GUGUAAAACAACACUAAACGUUGAGUUUUCUCCACGCUUUUUACUCCAAAAUCAUACAAUCACACAUGAGAGCGUUUUCCUGUAGUGAUGUGAAAUGAAUGCCGGCUGUUAUUGACUAUAAUUGCAGCGCAUAGUUCUGAGGACAAGCCCGAGGUUUGCGGAAGAUGGAGUUUGUUAAAGUGGAGCUGGUGGAUGUGACGGAUCUGGAGCCGCUCCGAAUCAAAGAAGAGCGCGAGCCGCGGACAGACGGGUUUUCAUCAGACUCGAUAGAAGAGGAAAGUCCAGGUCAGAAUGACGAGGAGGAGGAUCCUCACAGUUUCACAGCCGGAGAGAUUCCACAAACAGAAAAGGAUUCGAUACAAAGUACAGGAGCCAAGAAGUCCUUCCCGUGCCCUCACUGCGGAAAGAGCUACAAGCGUAAAGGAGACCUGAAGGAUCACAUGGGGAUUCACAGCGAGAGACCGUACACCUGUCUGCAGUGCGGCAAGAGCUACACGCAGAAGAUCAACCUCCAGAAUCACCUGCUGAUCCACAACGGAGAGAAGCCCUUCACCUGCCAGCAGUGCGACAAGAGCUUCACGCGCAAGGGAGACCUGAAGAAACACAUCAUCGUGCACUUCGGAGAGCGGCCCUUCACCUGCCAGCAGUGCGGGAAUAACUUCAGACACCAGGGGAACCUCACCAGUCACAUGAAGAUUCACACCGGAGAGAAAUCACAGCGCAAUUACAGCGACAAGAAACUCGCGCAGGUCUGCAAUUACAAAAAGCCGGUGCUGUAUCACGCCGGAGACAUGCCCUUCAGAUGUGAGCCGUGCGGCCAGAGAUUCAUCCUGUCCUCGCACCUGAAGAGACACCAGAAGUGGCACUCGCAUUAGAGAUAUACUUCCUGAAAGAGUGUGUGUGUGUGUGUCGGUGCGGGACAGCAGCACGUGAUCUGUUCUCGAGCUCAGAGACGAAAGCAUCGUUUACACUCGAGACACUCUCAGAUCUAAUAGAUUCAGACUAAUCACAUCCAAAAUAAACAUGUGUGUGCACUGCGUAUAUUUAUUAUGUAUGCAUAAAGACACAUGCAUGUGUGUGUGUAUAUGUAAAUAUGUUUGAAAAUAUUUACAUGUAUAUUCUUCAAC